AUGUCGGCGGCGGCGGCAACAGGGCCGGUGGUGGACGCGGAGUACGUGGCCGAGAUCGGGAGGGCGCGCCGGGACCUCCGCGCGCUCAUCGCCAGCAAGAGCUGCGCCCCCAUCAUGCUCCGCCUCGCAUGGCAUGACGCCGGCACCUACGACAAGAACACCAUCACCGGUGGACCAACCAUAGAUUUCGUUCCUGGCAGGAGGGAUUCUUCAGUUGCCAUUGAGGAAGGACGCUUGCCAGAUGCUAAGCAAGGUGCUUCACACCUCAGGGAAGUUUUCUACCGAAUGGGCUUGACCGACAAGGACAUAGUAGCACUCUCGGGUGGCCAUACUCUGGGGAAAGCUCGUCCGGAUAGAUCGGGAUUUGACGGCGCUUGGACAAAAGAUCCUCUCAAGUUCGACAACUCCUACUUCAUUGAGCUUCUGAAAGGGGACUCUAAUGGGCUACUGAAGCUGCCUACAGACAAGGUUCUCGUGGAGGACGCCGAUUUUCGUCGCUUCGUUGAAUUAUACGCAAAGGAUGAGGAUGCCUUCUUCAGGGACUAUGCCGAGUCGCACAAGAAGCUUUCCGAGCUCGGGUUCACGCCUUCUCGCGCUACUCUACUGGCGUGGGGGUGCAGAGACAAAGCCAAGAGGGCUGUCACGAGAACUACCACUGUCUUUGCGGUUGCGGUUGCCGUCAUCGCCUGCGCUUACAUCUGUGAAUCCAAGAGGAGGCUCAGUGGUUAG